UGAUGAUGAUGAGGGAGGCGGAUCGAAUGACAAGGAGAGAUUUGCCAGGCCGUUUGAAGAGGCUUGUUCUUUCAGCUCUCAUGAGAUUGUUCAUACACAUUUGUUUUGUCAUGGAGAGAUGAGUGUUGUCUCAUUUGACGAGCACAUUGAUGCAGUCUUUAUUUGCUUAUUCAUCCAUCUCUCUCUCUCUCUCGUUUUCUCGUUGUUGCUUUCUCUCGACCUUUUCUCUGCCCCUGCUCUCUUCUCCCCACGAUUGCAUGCGCCGCCCAUCUCUCAUGACCUCCUGACCGCAGGGAGAAUCACAGCGAGAUCGAGCGCAGGCGGAGGAAUAAGAUGACCGCUUACAUCACGGAGCUGUCAGACAUGGUGCCCACCUGCAGCGCUCUGGCGCGCAAACCAGACAAGCUCACCAUCCUGCGCAUGGCUGUGUCGCACAUUAAGUCUUUCGGAGGCAGCAGCAGCACCGAUGGAGCAUGUAAACCCUCCUUUCUCACAGACCAGGAGCUGAAGCACCUGGUUCUGGAGGCGGCUGAUGGCUUUCUGUUCGUAGUGUCGUGUGAAACCGGCCGUGUGGUUUAUGUGUCGGACUCGGUCACACCGGUUCUGAACCAGGCUCAGUCGGAUUGGCUCGGAUCAUCGCUGUACGACCAGCUCCAUCCAGACGACACAGAGAAACUCCGAGAGCAGCUCUCCACCAGCGAGAACAACAAUGCCAGCCGGAUGUUGGACAUGAAAACAGGCACGGUGAAGAAAGAGGGUGGGCAGGCCUCUGUGAGGAUGAGUAUGGGCACACGCCGCUCCUUCAUCUGCAGGAUGAGAUGUGGAGUGUGUCCCGUAGAGCCGGUGUCCAUGAACAGACUCAACUUCCUGAGAAGCAGAAACAGGAAUGGACUGGGUCCUCAAAAGGAGGGCGAGCCGCAGUAUGCGGUCAUGCACUGCACAGGCUUCAUCAAAUCCUGGCCUCCUGCAGGAGUGACUCUUUCUGAAGAGGAGGCCGAUAAUAAUCAGGGAAAUCGUUUCUGUCUAGUCGCCAUUGGAAGGCUACAGGUCACAGGUUGCCCGAACGACACAAACAUAAAUAACAUCAGCGUUCCAGUGGAAUUUAUUUCCCGCCACAACUGUCAGGGUCUCUACACCUUUGUGGAUCACCGCUGUCAGGCGACGAUUGGCUACCAGCCUCAGGAGUUACUGGGGAAGAACGUUCUGGAGUUUGCACAUCCAGAAGACCAGGGCUUACUGCGAGACAGCCUUCAGCAGGUGGUUAAACUGCGAGGUCAGGUGCUCUCGGUGAUGUUCCGGUUCCGCUCUAAAUCCCACGAGUGGAUCUGGAUGAGAACCAGCUCGUUCACCUUCCAGAACCCUUUCUCUGAAGAGAUCGAGUACAUCAUCUGCACCAACGCCAAUGUCAAGCAGAUGCAGCAGCAGCAGGCCGAGUUAGACGAAGGGAUGGGACGAGACGCAGCGUUUGAAACCAGUCAGGUCACUCUCCCUCAGGUUCCGCUGCAGACUGUGAGUGUUGUCAGUCCUGAUCACAACUCUAAGGCCAUGUCCUCCAGCGGACAGCAGGUUUAUCCACCAGCAGCGUCUUUCCCCAGCUCUGCUCGUCCCAGCGAGCCCUUCAGGUCAGCUGGAAUGGCUCAGCAGAUGGUUCCUCACUCAGUGGGUCAGAUGCUGGUGCAGAUGUCCCUUCAGAACACACCGUCUGGAGUCAGCGGCAGCAACAACAGCCCUAUUCAGGCCCAGAUGCGUCCCACCGCGCCUCCUGGAGUCUGGUCUGCUGCACAACUGCCCUUCAACACACAGCAGAUGGCAGGUCAAGUUGGAAAGAGUCAGUCAGCUCAGUUUAACAUGAGAAGUUUCAGCUCCGCCCCUUCUUCCUCCACUUCCUCUUCCUUUGGCCAGAUGGGCGGGGCUUCUGCUUCAAUGGCCAACACUUCAAAUUACCAACAAAUAAGCAGUCACAACAACCCUUCAACUAAUGGAUUCGGCGAUGUUAAUCAGAUGGGAGUGCAGUUCAGCUCCAGGCCAGCAGAGGGAGUGUCAGGCUGGCAGCAGUGGCAAACUCAGCCACACACUCAAGGCACUGCAGACGCACACCAGCAGCCUCAAAACAUCCAGCCAGAGAUGUUUCAGGAUGUUAUCUCCAUGUUGGAUCAAACCAGCAGCUUCAGCAACGAUGAUUUCGCCGAGAUGCCCAUGUUUCCUCCUUUCCCCGAGUGAUCCCGCUUCACUCCCUGUUGCUCUCUCACACGCCAUUUCUUACUCCCUUAACCAAAUCGAUGGCAGAACUGAGGCACAGAGGGAUAUAAAACAAGAGUGAGACUGAUGCAUUGUGAGAAUGGAAGUUAUAAGCCAUAAUGUGAGGAUACAGAGUAGUGCACAGACAGACAGGUCUUGUUGAAAUGUGUUCACUUUAAAAUCACGCACAAUUGCACACUUCGAGCACAAGAGGUCUCACACUGUCUGCUGUACACGCACAUGCUUUGAUUUAUGAGAUGGCCACACACAUACACUCGCAUUCACACACACACUUGCAUAACACACUCACACACACACACACACACACACUUGCAUAC